AAACAGACACCAUAACCCAGUGUUUUAAGAGUUUCAAUAUUUUCACUUACCAACUAGUCUCUCUGUGGCAGCUGAUAGAGUGAGGGAAGAAGAACUAUGGCUGGAGGUCAGUUCUACACUCUUCUCCAUGCCACUUCAAGAUCCUCUUUGCUAAAGCCUGCUAAUGGUAGGCCAUUCUUCAACAACACCACUAAGAAUUAUGGACAAGCAAGCAAUGGUAACCGUAGUCGUUUGAUGGAAGAGAGAGCACCUUCCACGGCUGAAGAAUUCCAAAGAGUUGCAGAAGAGAAGGCAAAGGAAGCCAAAGAAGGGGUAGCAAGUCAGAAUGUUGGUAAGUCACAUGAGGGUACUAUUGGUGACUCUAAGGUUGAAUCUGUCAAAAACAGGUACUAAUACAUGAGGGGUGCUUAGAAUUUAGAAACCUACUCUCUCUAGUAUGAGAUUUCUAUCUAUGUAUGUACCUAAAAUAAGAUUUGUGUUAUUUUCCAAGAGCCUCCAUGUUAGUGUUUCUCCAGCAGAACAUUCAAGUCUUUUAAUAGUGAUAUUAUUAAUCAUUCUUGGCUCAUGUUUAUGGAACUAUUUCAAAUCAUGGAUUUGGUAGAUUAACCAUUUAAACUCUAUAUUUAUUUUA